CGAUUUCGGUGUUUUGGUCCAUCGAGUUAUAUCGAAAGAAUGUCUUUUUUUUUUCACAAGAUACAAAAACUGUUAUCUAUUUGACCGGUGGACGUUAUGUGACGUUCAUACUUUCCUCAAUAACCUUAGUGCCAUAAAUGAAGUGAAAUAGCUCCAGCGGGAAGUCGGAACCAUGUGUCUCGAUUCAGAUAUAAGGGUACCCGCGUAAUUUCACUCACUCUUAAUUCAUGUGGAAAUAAUAACGUUGGAUACAUUUAUUGAUGUUACACCGCCGGCGUGGUACGAAUGCUGUUCUCUGGGCUAUAAAAUCCUGAAUUAAUAAACUGUAAGCAAUGUUGCAGUUAUUGCACCGAGGAAGGCAGUGUUUGCACCAAGCUGCUAUUGUUUGCAACAGCUGCAACCUGAUGCGUACCUUCACUGCACUUCCAUUCACAAGAACACAAAGAAACUUCCAAACAGAUUCUGUAUAUUUACAAAAGAACAAAACUGAACCUGAAAUUGACCUUCAAAAAAAUCCUUAUUAUGAGAAAUACACAGAAAAGUUGAAGGGACUCCAAGAAACAGACCCUGAAAUAUACAGUAAAAAGCUCGAGGAAUUAAAAGAAAGUUUAAAACCAAAAGCAGCCCCUGCUGUGAACCCUAAAACAAAAGAAAAGGUACAGAAGAAACCAACUGAGAAAAAAACAGUCCCUAAACUGGUGUUAAAUGAUAUUGUAAAAUUGGAGCUAUUGAGACAAGAAACACCUGAAAAUAUUGAAAAGAUUUGGAUGCAGUUCCACAGUGUCAAAGACUGCGUGUAUGGCGUCAUAAAGGAAAUGGAUUAUGAUGAAGUUAUGAGUAAGGCUAAACUGUGUCCUUCGUUUGUAUAUCCACUACCACGUCAGGAUGGUUAUGAGUUCUUCUACCAACAAUUUUCUGGAAGUGAAAUAUAUUUCACACCUGUGGCCCUCUAUAAGAAACACCAAGAGAAUGCUCCCCCCUGCGUCACAAUGCAGCAUUUUACUGAUCUUAAAGAGGAGAAAGGUUUGGUACUAAUGUCUGGAGAUUACGAUUCUAAAAUAUUGGACAAAGCAAAUGCACUCAACUUGGCUCGACAACUCACCAUGUUCUAUGGUCGAAAUGCUGCCGAAAGGUUCACGCUGGUCAGGAUCUUCAACUACAUGCCACAGAAAUUUAAUUACAAUGACCUAAUUACAGAAUACAAAGGAUGUAAAAAGUUUCUAGAAUCAUCCAUUAUAGAGUGUAGCUGAGAUGAAGGGUAAGAAAAAAGAAAAAGGAAGAAAAUUGUCUGGAACAUAAAAUCUGGGAAUUGUAAGUUUUUCUGUAUCAUAUAAAUAUGGGUGCUACUUUGAUAUGUGAUCAACUUAAAGGGCGAUUAAUUUGGGUUACUUUUUAGCUUACUUUUCAAUUCUUAAAAACCCUUAAGAUGUUCUUGCAUUUUUAGCAAAUGUUCACUUAAUUCAUCGUUAAUUAUUCAAAUUUUUUAGUCCAUACUUAGCAUUGUAAGUGUAUUUUUCCAAAAAUUCUUACUGUUCUAAUAAUAAUUAUAAAACCACAUUUCAUUUGUGUUUUAGUAAAUAAGAAACCCAGAAUAACCAUAAUAAAAAUAAGCGUGUAGAUUACACAAGUUUGGCAUCUCCCUUUAAACUGUAAAUCACACACCAAAGUAGCACCUAAAUAUGUUACAUUAUGGCUUGUAUGCCAUGGCCUUCUGUAUCAUAAAAUAUGUUAUGAUUUGUUAUCUUGUCCUGCUAUAUAUUGUAUAUGUUCUUUGUUAUACUUGUCUCUAUCAUUUAUGUUAUUGUUCAUUAUAUCUCAUCUCCCUGUUUGGAUAAAUGUUAUUUGUUAUAUCUUAUCAAUAUUUUAUCUUAUGGGUUAUCAAUACAUAUAUCCCAUCUUUUUGCCAUCUUGUCUAUGUUAUCUUAUGGCUUUGUAACUUGUAAAGAAACUAUUCCAGUUUGCUGAGUAAACAACACUGGAUCAGACGGAUAUAAAGAAGGCUGUCACUUGGAAAGAUAGCUUCCACAUUGAGACACAGUAAGGGGGCACAGCUUCCACAUCAUGACACAAAGGAUGGUGAGCAAGAAGCAGACAGCACAUGGUCAUGGCUACUGAGAGGGUUUGCACAUGGUGACACAAGUUGAACUGGCUGUCAGGUUGAGACAAAAUGGACUUCUGUAAGCUGACAGGCUAAAAGAGGGAUGGCAUAAAGUGGUUUGGAGCAAAAACACUUCCGCAUGAUGUGUGACAUAGUGUCAGAUGUGCAUGAGAGAGACUGCCACAUGAAGGAAAUGUUGCUUGGAGGAAAACCAGUGGAAUCAUGUGAACACGACAUCAGCUAAUGGAAUUUCAGGAAUGCAAAUGCACAACAGAGAUAUAACAUGAGUAAUAUCUUAAAUUUAACAAAAAGUUAGUCGGUGUUUUACGUCAGACAUUUCUACACGAGGUGGGGCUUAUUGAAAGAACAUGCAACAUUUUUGUUACCUUAGUUGUUCUGUUGCCUGAGGAGGUGGUAAGUGUUUUUCCUAUAACAUAAUGCAUGUGUAAUCACAUAUAAAAUGCCUUGCAUGUAUAAAACUG